GUCCUAAACCUAACAACCACGAAUUGGGCUUCAAAUAAGUGAAUGUUCAGCCCAAAAAUAAUACAAAAAACGUGAAAAUCACUAAAAAUAACCUAAAAUAACAUGAAAUAUCAGUCUGCUACAAAUUGCGACAGAAUUGUGUGAUUUUGACGCAAACUGUGUAAUGCCAUGCAAAGGACCUCAACUAAGCUUCUUUUGAACCUGAAUGAUGUUUACCAUGCCUUGAUAAUCAUCCAAGCUUCGAUUUGCUUGUUGUAUGUUGUUUUCAACCCAGAUCUGCUCAAUAAGGCCAUUUAAAGCUUCACGCAUCUUCUUAGCUUUAGCUCGCGUGACUGGUCCUCCUUGGAUUUGUUGGAUUUUGAUUGCUGCAAAAUAACUUGAAUUAGCUUGUUUAGUUCAAUAACGAAUUGAAAGAGAAAAAUUGACUGAGGGAAAAAGGUAAGAGGUGUGAGCAACACUUGAGAUUGUGGAGAAAUCAAGGUAAAUAAGCAAGUUCUAGUUUCAUUCUUUAUUGGACGAUAUAGGGAUGAGGUACUUUGUGAUGUGGUUCCUAUGCAUGCUGGACAUUUACUUGUAGGGAGACCAUGGCAAUAUGAUAGGAGGGUAACACAUGAUGGCUUCAAAAAUUGCUAUUCAUUUGUCAUGGAAGGGAAAACAAUUAGUCUUGCACCAUUAAGUCCAAGGCAGGUUUAUGAGGACCAACUGAGAGUAAAAAAAGAGAGUGAACUGAGAAAUGAGAAUGAGCUUAAAGGUAUGAAAAACAAAGAGAAAACAGCAGAAAAAGAGUCCAAACAGAGAGAAAAGAUUGAGAGUGUUGAAAACAAAGAGAGAAAAUCAGUGAGUGAUUAUGCAAAAGAAAGUGAUGUCAAGGCUGCGUUCUUUGCAAAGCAGCCUAUGUUUGUGCUUCUACAUAAAGAUGCUUAUUUCAACACUAACGAACUUAAUGAUUCUUUUGUUAAAUCUCUUUUGCAGGACUUCAAGGACAUGUUUCUAGAGGACAUUCCUAAUGGUUUACCACCAAUAAGAGGAAUUGAGCAUCAGAUUGACUUCGUUCCAGGGGCAACAAUUCCAAACCGACGAGCAUAUCGAAGCAACCCCAAUGAGAUGAAAGAAUUUCAAAAGCAGGUUGAAGAACUCAUGAGGAAGGGGCAGGUGAGAGAAAGCACGAGUCCAUGCGCAGUUCCAGUGCUACUUGUCCUAAGAAGGAUGAGACUUAACGUAUGUGCAUUGAUUAUCGCGCUGUCAAGAAAAUCACUGUAAAGUAUUGUCACCCUAUUCUUAGAUUAGAUGACAUGUUAGAUGCACUGCAUUGAUGAGAACCCCAAAGAGAACAAUGAGACCCACAACAUGAUAAGGGAUUUCUAAACUCCAAGAAAGCCAAAUCAGGUUUAUAAUAGAACCUUGACCUAUUG